AUGGCUAGAUGGAUCGUAGCGAGAUAUAUAUUUGUCAUCUUCAUCAUGCAGGAAGUUACGCCAUCACAAGGUUUGCCAUUGAGAAAUGAGAAUAUAUAAAUUAUUGAAAUAUAAAUAUAACGUCGGUGUAUUUGAUUAUCAAAUAAGACAAAUUAUAGUAGAGUAUAGUGCAAUUAUAUUUUAUAAAUGCAGCUGUACUUCUACUUUGCGUUAUGUGUUAAGGUUGGUUGCCCAAGUUUCCAUCUGCACCUACUUCGGCUCCAAGCACAACCGUGAAGCAAUACGUCCAAGCAGGUAUAACAACUGAUAAGCAAUAAUAACAACUAUAGAUUUAUAAGCUUUAUUCAUAUGUGUCUGGCAUGAAGGUUUUUACUAUACAAUUCUGUCAUAUUUUAUUUAUUUUACGGUCGCGGUGUUAAAAGAAUGUAGCUGCUGCUUACUGAGACCAUAGAUAUGUUAUAUACACUAGAUAAGGCAUCUCUUUUAGUAAAAUUGAAGCCAAGAAUAUUCCAGCUGUUACCCCCAUUUGAAUAGAUGGCGGCUAUGUUGGAGUUUCCCACUCGCUAAUAAACGCUUAAAAAACAACAAUAACUUUCAUCAUUUGAAUAGUUUGAAAUUGUAUUUGGAAUAGGUUUGAAUUAAUGUUUAAGUUCCCUGAGUUUAAGAAAUAGAAAAGAUACGGGUCUUCUCAUUUCAUGGGUAUAUCCCGAGUCCGCAAUCACGGCUUCAACUUUUGAAUUGCAGAAUAAUUAGAUCCACUAUCUAUAGUGUAUAUAAGAUUAUCUAUGAUAGAGACUAAUGUGGAACUGGUACGUAAUGGAUUUGCGCAAAUGCUAUAUCAUUUCACGUUUGAUAGAAGAGACCUCGGCAACAAUAGGAUAUAUUUAAAGAGAAAUGGCAAUAUAAUUUUUUAUUUUCUCAUUUGAAAGAAAUUUUCAAACUAUAUAUUAACUUCUUUUACCGAAUUUUCAUACCUUGCUUAGUUCUUGAAAUAUUUUCACUUGCAUGAAGUAAUGAGAUGUCCGCCAUCUUGGAUACAUUUUUUAUCUAAUUAACGGUAGUUUUGGUGACGUCACAACAGGGAUUAACCAUAUAAAAUUGUUCGUUGCUGACCAAAUAUUGAUUGGUAGAUGUUUUUAAGGUUUUGAGUGAUCUUGAUAUUUCGAAAGGAAGACAGAGUAUAGUUUUGAGUGCAAAAUUAUAUUGCGUGACCCCUGUUGUGGCGUAACAUGCAUAUCUACAAUAAAUGAAGAUGGCGGACAUUCAUUCCUUUCGAUCAAAAUAUUUGUAGAAGUAAGCAAGGUAUAAACGGUAAAAGAUUACUAUAUAUAGUCUUAAAAAUUCUUAAGCAUAAUUAAAUUUGCUUUACACGGAAAAAACGUGAAAAUAAAAAAUAUAUUGCCAUUUUCCUUUAAAAAUAAUAAUACAAAUAUACAGGUUGAAUUAGUCCUCCUCUCAUGCUUUAUUCACGCCUGACAAAAAUGCAUGCCAAAUCGCCAACGUGCUUCAACUUCUUUAAUUUUUGUACUGUUUCUACAAAAUUUUCCAUGAACAUAGAACAUAUCGUUCUUAGAAAACGUAAUAUGUUCUUUGUUUUUGGAAUUGUUACUUUUUAAUGACGUCACAAACUUGGCGCCAAAAAUUUAACAGUUAGCUAUUGGUAAUGUUAUGCACUUAUUCGAUAGACGACAUUGAAAGAGUCUUAAUUAAAACUGAAGUUUGUUUCUAAAUAUGACCAUUUUUCGCGAAGAUAUAGCGAUACAAAUGGCGAAAAAUCAGCCAUUUUGUAUCGCUAUAUCUUUGCGAAAAAUCGUCCUAUUUAGAAACAGACUUCAGUUUUAAGAUUCUCUCAAUGUCGUCUAGCGAAUAAGUAGUCUAUAACAAUACCAAAAGCUAACUGUUAAUUUUUUAGCUUCAAGUUUGUGACGUCAUUUUCCCGCCAAAAAUGUAGCAAUUCGAAAAACAAAAAACAUACGAUUUUUUAGAAUGAAAUAUUCUAUGUUCAUGGGAAAUUUCGUAGAAACAGGAUAAAAAUUAAAGAAGUUGAAGCACGUUGGCGCUUUGGCAUGCAUUUUUGUCAGGCGUGUUAGCUAAACCUGCAUGCAUGAUACCUGACUGAGAGAUACAUACAAACUUAUAUCAUGCGACCCUAGCGAUUGAUACACCUGGUGGCCAUGAAAGCGUAAUUUAAAAAUGAAAAUUAAAGCCCAGCAAACGACUUUAAGGCAAGACAUAACAAAAAUAUAAAAUUUAUUGGCUGACGUUUCGUUGUAUUGCUAACGACAUCUUCAGAGCAAUUAAACUUAUUUACAAGCGUGUAUUAUUUAAGAAAUAGAAAACAUUUUCCGUGUUUCUACAGAGUUAUAGAAACAUGCGUGGAAGUUUGGGAGAAACGAGAAAUUGCGCCGUGGAAACACAAGCCCGAAUUGCGAGUGUUUCCACGCAAUUUCGAGUUUCUCUCAAACUUCCAGAAGUGUUUCUAUAACUCCAUAUAUAGGAACACGGAAAAUUGUUUUCUAUUUCCUUUAUUAAUUAAAUAGCCUUUUAAAAACAAUAAAAAAGAUAAAUUUAUUGAUUUUAAUUACAUUCAUUCAAAUAUUAAUUAUUUCUUAAUAUACGUUCGUGUAAAGAAUAAUUAAAGCAUAGCCAAGUAAACAAAUAUAUAUAUCACUGUCACAACAACAGAUAACACUUUUUAACAUGCAGGCUUAAAUUAACCUCUUAAUACUUCAUUAAAUUCACUCAAACAACGUACAUGCUUGCAAAGAACGCACUGUUUUAAAUAGUUAGUAGCGUUAAAACACUGAUUUAAAACGUCGCGAGGAAAUAUAUUUUUAAAAGACAAAGUAAAAUUAAAAUAUCUUACCUUGGUAAACAGUCAAACGGAUACAACGUAUGUUGUAUUAUACUUUGUACUCUGUGCUUUAGGUCUUUGCUUUCUAGGUUAGCAAGCGUUGCCUUUUUUGUGAGGGUUCUUCGGCGUUUUUCGACGUUUUCCAACUUUUUUUAAUAGUAAAUAUUGUUUGUAUUUUGUCUUUUAAACUCCCGCGCAAUCCACGCAACCCGCGUAAAAAUUCCCCGUGUUUCUAUCACAGCGCCCGUGUUUUUAAAAAGCUAUUUUAUAAAUAUAUAUAGUAUACAAAUACUUUCAAAAAAUAUUAGUAAAUUAAAGAUAUAUAAUGGUUACAGUAAUUAGAGACGUAGCAAAGAAUUAGAAUAGGUCAAGAGGAGUUGACCUAAUGUUGGCAUUAAAAAAAUAUUAAGUUUAGUUGCUCUGAAGAUGUCGUUAAAAAUACAACGACACGUUUGCCAGUAAAUUUUAUAUUUUUGUUAUGUCUUGUCUGCAAGUCAUUUGCUGGUCUUUAAUUUUCAUUUUUAAAUCAUGCCACCCUGUUAAAAAUAGGGAUUUUAGCGAAGAAAAUGCUUGAUUUACCAAGCUAGCUAGAUGUUAAUAAAUACCCUCGAUCGUUCGUCGGGAAAUCUGACUUUGACUUUUGAACCGAUUGGUGUCGAUUAGUCGGCAACAACAUUUUCUGCUUUUAUAAAAUGCCUUUCCUUUUUAGGAAAAUAUCCUAACUGGAACUUCACAGAUGGUUUUGGGGGCUGGAGAAAUGAAGAAAAUCUUCUUUGGGAAGUAGUGAUGUCCCAAAUCAAAGACGCUGGUAUAUUAAAUGGAAGACAAGGUACAUAAUACGCAUAUCGUUUUGCAUCCUCUUCAUAAUUAUCCUGGAAAAAUAUAAUCCGCUAAAUAAACAUAAUUAAGUUUGCUUCACACGGAAAUAAAACUUAUGUAGUACAAAACUUAUUUAAUGACAGUUCUAUUGUGGCUAUAAGUUGGUGGUGGUGGGGGGAAUGAUUGACUGUUCAAUUUUUGACAUGCAUAAUAUUAUAUAUAUUUGAUAUUUCCCAAUUCCACUCUCGGCUGCAUAUUAUGAUUCCACUGCAAUUCAUCCCUACACAGAACGUGUCAUUUGGAUAAAGUCGAGCCUCUCAAUUGGCAUUAUAUAAUAAACAAUUAUUAUUGGAUGAGACUGAGCAGGAUAUCCAGAAUUAUUUAGACCGAGGUCAAUGUUAUCUACCGAAGCGGAAGGCUAAGGCAGAUAACAUUGACCGAGGUCUAAAUAAUUCUGGUAUCCUGCGCUAGCCGAUUUCAAUAAUUGUUUUAUUAUUCAUUUUGUGACAGAAAGAAAACAAAACAAGCAACAAUUGAAAAAAAAUAAAUAUUCAUUGAAUUGAUUAACUUUUCGUAAAUAUAAAUAUUGAAAACCUCUCUUGCCAGUUUAGUACUUUUUUUGGUGUUCUCUGAGUCCUUGUUUUCCACUAUUUUUCAAUUUCCUGCGUUGAAAACGUUGCAAACGAGCACUAGCCAUUGUAAACAAUUGAAAAAGCCGCUCAAAUAAAAAUUUCCCGCCAAUUUGUAUUUUCACAUAAAAUACCGCUGAAAUAUCUCGGGCGACGUCCAAUAACCUCUGCAGAUUACUGUUUCCGCUGGAAAUAGCGCAGGCACCUACAAAUGCCCAAAAUUAUUUGUAGGCUCUUAGCCAAUGAAAAACCGAGAACACAGUGCAACGAAUUAAACCGUAAACAGUUAUUGCGUCAGGCUAAGCAUCAUUGGCGAGGCUAGCCACAUAGAACAGGUCAUCGGCUAUGCCAAUUUUAAUGAUUUAGAAAUGUUUCUCAUAAAUAACCUAUUUAGAUGCAUGAUCAUUAGCAUAGCAUGGCCUAACCUGCAAUUCAGGCCCUACUGAAUUUCAGGUUAAGCAUGGCCAGUUGCCAUAAAAAAUUAUGAAGACCGCGGUCAACGUUAUCUACUGAGACGGAUAAUUUUGCACGAGGUUUAGAUAAUUCAAUCUUGUUUUAAAUAAAAGAACAAAAAUAAGCAAAAGCAACAUCGUGGAACAAAGGGUGGUUUUGUGAAUUUUUGCGCAAAAGGCAGUCUGAUUGUCCUUUAUGAUAUUCCUAUUGGAAGUUUAGUAGGUAAAUGAGAUUUCUAAUAUUUUCUGCUGUUACAAUUAAUGACAUUUUAAAUCGUUGUCACUGCAUUCUUUUAGAACCAAACGUCGUUUUGUACGACAAAUCAUUAAUUGUUUUGUCGAAAGAGUACUAGUUAAUGAAAAGGCAAUAUAUGUUACCACAAGUUUCUUUCGCAAGGAGGAAUGUGUUGCCUCAUCCCGCCUUCCAUCAUAUAAGCACGUAAAGCACCCUUAAUUAGACACCUGUUCAUAAGGUAGAAAUAUUGCAUUUUGAAUACGAAAACACCUUGCACAAAGUCGAAGGUCAGCUAAAUAUUCUAUGUCUUGUUUCUUGGCAUGGACGGUUUUAUACCUUCAAUGCUUAUAAUUUCUUGCUCCUGUAUGUGUAAUUAUAAAUGGCAAAGUGGUAAAGUUAAUUGUAAAGCUGCAUAGCCAUACUGCACGAAGUCAUGCUAUGCAAGUUUUUAAUGAUUUGCGUUAUUCAAAUAGAUAUAGGUUUAUUGCCACUGAAUACUGUACAAUAUCAUUUAUAUAAACGAUAAUAAUACUUGAAUGAAUCAUUGGAUAUGUAUCGAAUUUAAUAACAAUUUCAUACAUAAAAAUACUACAGGUAAGUCAUUUUUGUCCCAAUUAUCAUUUUAAUGGCACAUUCAGGGCUAAAGUAUUCAAACGUCCAAAUAACUAUUUUUAUCAACGUACCUUCAAAAAUAUAACUCUUUUCCUCCAAAAUCAAAUAAUAUUGUAAAAUAAUUAUUGUGACAGCCUCGUACAAUGGAAAAAUAUGCGAUACGACCAUGAAACAAAACAUGUUAUUAUACAUUAAAUAUGUAUUCUCGUUUCUAAUUGGUCACAAAGCACCGGCUAAUUUUCAGUAUUCGGCAUUUAUUACGGAUUUUCCGCCGAUGACGUCAUCAGCGUCCAAUAAUUCUUUUUUUGGAUCGAAUUGGCAUCCAAAAAAAAAAUUAUUGGACUCUCGUGCCCAAAGCCUUGCGCGGCCAAAAGCUUGAACCUAUAAGCACGGGAAAAAAACACAAACAAUGGCCGACAGCAGAUUUGCUUCGCUGAAUGAAAGUGAACUCUCCAAAUUAUUGGCAGAUAAGGAUAGUGAAAGCACGAAAAAAGCCGCAAAGGGGUAAAUAGAAGUAGAAAUAUAAUAUUUAGCUGACCUUUGACUUUGUGCAAGGUAUUUGAUAUUCAAAUUGUACUUUUCCUACCUCAUGAACAGGAAUCGUCCUAUACGUUUCUCAUGUCUUUAAUAAUAAUAAAACAAUUAUUGGAUUCUGCUUUCGCAUGAUAUCAAGAAUUAUUCAGACCUCGGUCUAUGUUAUCCGCCUCAGCUUCGCUUCGGCAGAUAACAUUGACCUCGGUCUGAAUAAUUCUUGAUAUCAUGCUCAGCCUCAUCCAAUAAUUGCUUAAUAUAAAACAUGACCAUGCAUAUUGCAUAUCAAAAUUAAAGUGUCAUAGCUCUCAUGAAGCUACGGUGUAGCGAACACAGCUUUCAGAAGUGAUCGGAUUGUCAUCGUAAACUUCCUUCGUAUAUAAAUUUGUACACAUGCAACGUCAUUCUACUGUGAUGUCAGAAAAUGCGAUCCGAAAGAUAGAACGAACGACAAACAAAUUGAGAUUGCUUGGCUAAAAUACAUAGGUCGCGCAGUUAUUGAAAAAGAGUUAUUGAAUUCGGUUUUGGAAUCUUAAAAACAACACUUAUAGGGCCUGUUUAUAUAUGGAGGCAAGAAACCCGGCAAGGCGAUUAUUCGCCCAGGCGGGACAAACAAGCGCUCUGUUUAUAUGGAAUUGAUACUCGGCAUUCGCUGCAUGGAUGAUUGCACGCAUGAUUGCCGCAUGACGCCGGAAUGGCGCCAAAACACAAAAAGGAUUUAAGUCGUGUGAUACGUUCGAAAACAUUACAAAAUGUCGUCAAAAUACAAGAAUAAGUGCGGAGAAAUUUAGGAAAACUUAUAUUUAUCGCUUCGUAUCACUUUUGAGCUGUUAUAUUUCAAAUAUUUCUAUCUCGGGCGGACGAGUCAGUACCUAGCUGGACAAAGUGUUACAUGAAAAAAUAUUCAUAUCCAGUCUUGGCGAGAUCUCGCCUCUUUCUGCCGGGAACGCCAAGGCGAGUUACUCGGCUGCAUCAUGUAAACAGUCACCCGGGAGAAAUAUUAUAGUUUCUAUAAUAGCCGGAAUCUCGCCUUCGCCGAGUAACUCGCCUUGCCGGGUAACUCGCCUCCAUAUAAACAGGCCCUUAAUUACCACAACCUUGAAAAAUUAAUAACACUUCAUUACCUCGACCAAGAUAAUUCUGCAGUAUAUCACAAUUCCAUGUUUAUUACCAAAACGGAUAACACUCUAGCGUACUACUUUUUCCACUCGAACACAGCACAGAAAUUGGUAAAAUAAAGUAUGUCCAUUGGUUUACAAUCCAAUAUCAACAUCUCAAUAAGAGGAUAAAACAAAAAAUGCAUAAAUAUGUGAAAAUUCGUAAUGAGUUUUACUUUUCAAAUUCUGUUGAUGAGUUUUCUUGAAAAUCAUUUCACUUCUGUUUGUAAUGACUUUUCCCACCGCCAUACUAUUAUUUAUUACUCUGGCGAACAGGACGCAUCACGUCAAGAACUUUUGGUAUGUUUUUUAGCCAAAUCCAAUCAAGAUUGCUGCAGUAACGCAUAAAUAAAAUAGUUUUUGGAUGAGGAUAUUUUCAUAUCCGGAAUUAUAUCUAGUAAAAUCGAGGUAAAUUAUAAAACUAAACCAGCCCUUGGUAAUUAUUGACAUUCUUAAAACUGAAUUCAAAACAGCUUUAUUAUGCAUUUUAAUUUCUGAUUGAAUUUCUUCAGUCUGUCGUGCAGAACAACGUUUAGCUAGUUCUAAAAAAAGUGAAACCAGUUUAGAACAUAGCAAUAUAAAAAUAGCAACCUAAAAUAUUAGAAACCACAUAUUAUAAUAUCUACUAAUUAAAGUUCCAAGAAAAAUAAAAACAAUUCGAAGAAUAUAGUUUUUUUGGUUUUUUUUUUCAUUCUUGUAAAUAAAAUAGGCGCUUACCAUGAAUGCAUGUAAGAAUAGCAGACCAUUAGAAUACCUGCAUGUAAGUUACCGAAUGUCGAGUAACGAGAAUGUGUAUAAAAAUCAACCCAUUUCAAAAAAUUCUUUAAAUUUUCACAUAGGGGCCGGCGAUGGUUUUGCUACUAUCGAAAACACAAUGUAUUUCAAAGGAAAAGUGGCCAAGCUCUACAGCAACUUCAUCACUGGGCCUGUGUGCAUGAAGUUCUAUUUUUAUCUCUAUGGCCAUAAAACCGGAAAAAUAAAGAUCUUUACCAAACGAAAGAACUCAAAGUCAGAAAACAUGGUGCUUAAAAAAUAUGGAAAUCAUGGUCAUAAAUGGAAUUUUGCACAACUCUUCUUGGAUAUUCCUCCGUCGGAUAUUUACCAGGUAGGGUAAGCUUAAACGAGGAGCAGUAUAUAUGCCCCGCGGAAGAUAACAUCACUUGCGGUAACAUUUCGACAAAUUCUCCGAGGAGAAGAUCUAUAUAAAUUAUAUAUUAUACCGAAAGUUAAAGAACCUGUCGGGAAUUUUUGCUUGUUAUCCGCGACAAUAACUACAAUGUUUAGAUAUAACAGUUUUUAUGACUUUUACACGAAGAGUACAAAACAAAAUUUCACUAAAUAUUGUGAGUUGUUGUCAAAGUGGCGACAAAGUGGCGACCCCGAGCAAGAUUUUAACAUCGAAAAGCAGCGAAUAUAGUACGUGAAAUAAUCGUGUUUAGCUAAAGGUGAAACCAGAGAAAAAUCAAUCGUUAAAGAUGUCAACCGUGAAAGAUUUGGUGAAUAAAGUCGAAGGUAAGCUUGGAAGGCUGAAAUUUACAAGUAAUGAAACCCCAAUUUUUUUUGGAAGAGAAUAAACAAAAACAAAUGGAGAGACAUGCCAAAGUUUUAGAAUCGUUAAUCGAGGAAGUUCAUGAAUUAAAAUGGAAGUUUAGAGAGAGAGAGAGAGAGAGAGAGAGAGAGAGAGAGAGAGAGAGAGAGAGAGAGAGAGAGAGAGAGAGAGAGAGAGAGAGAGAGAGAGAGAGAGAGGAGAGAGAGAGAGAGAGAGAGAGAGAGAGAGAGAGAGAGAAUUGAGAAAGGGGAUGACCCCACGGAAGUUAGAACAUGGAGCCUCACGGCUCAUCACAGCACUUAGAACAGACAGUAUACUUGAGUUUGAAAAUGUUAUCAGCGAAGUGAAACAGCAGCGUGAGAACUGUGCGACAUAGAAAGCUAAAAAUAAGGAGAUAGAAAUUGAAGAGAAAAGCGUUGGAAGCGUUAUGAUGAAGAGAUUGCACUAGAGGAGGCUAAAUUGGAAAUGAAACGAAAGUUUGAAAAGGGACUAGAGGAAGCUAAAACGAAGUCUGCAAGCCAAUGUAAUUCCGCCAAGCAGCCCAAGUUAGUUAUGUCUAAAUUCCAAGGAACCCACUUGGAAUGGCAGAGAUUCUGGGGGCAAUUCGAAACAGAAAUUGGCAAAGCAGAUAUCAGCCCUAUUACCAAGCUGGGUCUCAAGGGCCCUAGAACAGGAUUAGCAGUUCGUUUAUAUGGAAUUCCAAGAGCAAUUAACACAGAGUGGUGAGGGAUGGCAUGAAACUGGUUUGUUGUGGAAGCCUGGUCAUGACCAAUAUGACGACAUCAUUCGUGGCCAACUGAAUCAAGGUCUUGUGGAGAUAGUCGCUAGCGACCCGGUAGGAAAAGAAUUCAACCCGGUAGGAAAGUCCACCAAGGUGCGGAUCGUGUAUGAUGCGUCUUCCAAGGAAAAUGAUAGCAGUCCAUCAUAAAAUGACUGUUUGGAGACGGGACCACCUUUGCAAAAUCUUUUAUGGGACGUUCUCGUGAGGAAUGGUCUGAAACCAGUGGCACUGAGUGGAGACCUUAAGCAAGCAUUUGAAACAAAACUGUGAAACAAAACUGUUAGGUGAAACAAAACUGUUAGGACUCACCAAGAAUAAACUAAAAGACACGAUCGCCACAGUCUUUCCAAACAAAAUGCCUGUAACAACCAAAAGAGAAAUGCUGCGAUUUCUGGCUUCCAUCUACGAUCCCUUUGGCAUAGUGAAAGUGCCAGAGUGGCUGCCUUCUCCUGAUCAAUGGCCUGAGGACAUAGUUGCACAACCCGGUAAAGAGUCUGAAUCGGAUGUGAAGCUAGUAAAGAAUUUGUUCGCUGCAGCUGUGGAAGUACGGAAGUCAAAGACGAAGUGGAGGAUCUCCUACAAUUAA